AUGUCAUUAAAGAAUUUUAAAAUAUUAUCAAAAUUAGGUAUUUUUAUUAAGAUAUCAAAGGUGAUGGAUCUUUUUCUAAUGUAUAUAAAGUAAGGAGAUUAGAAGACAAUCUUGAAUAUGCUUUAAAAAAAGUAAAUUUAACUAACUUAUCUGAAAAAGAAAAGUAAAAUGCUUUAAAUGAAGUCAGGAUUCUAGCUUCAAUAUAACAUUAAAACAUUAUUAUGUAUAAAGAAGCUUUUAUUGAUUAAGUCAGUAAUUCAUUAUGGUAAAAUUAAUGUAUAAUAUUAUAGUAUUGUAAUGGAACUUGCCAGCGAUGGUGAUUUAUAUUAGAGAAUAUAGAAAUGCAUAAAAGCAGGUAGUUUCUUUUAAGAAAAUGAAAUCUUAAGAUACGCUUUUUAGAUUUUAAGUGCGCUUAAUAUACUACAUGAAAUGAAAGUUAUGCAUCGAGAUAUAAAAAGUGCAAACAUUUUUUUGAUAAAUAAUGAAGUAAAAUUGGGAGACUUAAAUGUGUCAAAGGUAGCAAAGUAAGGUUUACUUUACACAUAAACUGGUACACCAUAUUAUGCAAGUCCAGAAGUAUGGAAAGAUCAUCCUUAUGAUUGCAAAUCAGAUAUAUGGUCUUUAGGCUGUGUAUUAUAUGAAAUGGCAGCACUCAAAUUACCUUUUCAAGCUGAAGACAUGGAUAGUCUUUAUAAAAAAGUUAUUAAAGGNAAGAACUGUAUUGACAUUUGUUAUGAAAUCCUUUCAAAGUCUAAAUCCAAAUAUUCAUGGUGCAGGUGUUUAAACUGUUCAUCUAAAUGA